AUGGUUGUAGGACGGUUGCUGUUGGCGUCGAUUCUUGUGACUGCAGUUGCUACGGAAUCUGUUCAUUGGCAAUGGCGUGAAAUCCGUUGUAAAGAGAACGAAACCAACGAACAAGGACAGGCUUCUGCUUGUGAGCUCCAACUAAAGGAGCAUGAGAAUGACGAGAAUCCACGUGUCGUUCCAUUCAACACCUGUACCGAUGAAACCGUCAACGGAGAACUAAAAACCUACUGUGACAUUCUCUGCCCAGGAGCUGACACCGCUUACAGAAUCACGAGAUGGCCACAACAACAUAAGACAUGCUUCAGUCAUACCACUUAUCGAUUGGAGAGAAGAGAAGAUAACUUCUAUCUUUGGAGAUCUGGAGACUGUCGUACCUCGACAAUUGGUUUCACAAUCCGUUGCGAGUUCAAAUCCCCACGCGACGACUUCCUUUCUGAUCAAGAACUUUUCCGUGUUGCCAGAAGACUAACAUAA